UAUGUAACUGCAACUGUAUUUCUUUUUUCUCAUUUGUUUAUUUUUUCGCCAACAUCUGAAACUUUUCCUUGUAUUCCGCUUAGAAUGACUCUCUAAGCCCCGCGAAAAUUUAAUUUUAAAUUUCGAAAAUGGGUAUUACUGGAUUACUCCCAUUUGUCAAAAAUUCAUGUCGACCUGCUAAUAUUAAAGAUUUUUCGGGAGCCACGGUUGCAAUUGAUGCAUACAGUUGGCUCCAUAAAGGAGCAUUUUCCUGUGCAGAAAAAUUAGUUAAAGGAGAAAAGACAGAUGGGUAUGUCUUUUAUUGUAUUAAACUGCUUAAUAUGCUUCUGGAUGCAGGAGUAAAACCUAUAAUGGUUUUUGAUGGGUGUAACUUGGCCUCUAAAGCUAUUACAGAGAAGAAGCGCAGAGAGAAUAGAGAUAAGACAAAACAACGAGGAAAGGAACUUUUAUGUGAAGGAAAAGUAAAGGAAGCAAGAGAAUGUUUCCAAAGAUGUGUUGAUGUUACUCCAGAAAUGGCUCGAGAAGUUAUUCUGGCAUGUAAAAAGAAAUCUAUUGAUUGUAUUGUUGCUCCAUAUGAAGCUGAUGCUCAAAUGGCUUACCUAGACAAAAUAGGGGUGACACAGCUGACAAUCACUGAGGAUUCUGAUCUGAUACUUUUUGGCUGCACAAAAGUAUGCUAUGCUUACAAUUACUUUGAAUUUUUCAUAUUAUCUAAAUUGCCCAGUUAUCUAAAGAUGCCCAAACUAUCAGUGUCUGAAGAUUAUAAAGACUCUUUCAUCAAAGCUGAUAACACAUUUUUGUACCAGUUAGUUUUCUGUCCUAGAAAAAAGUGUCUUGUUCCUCUUAAUCCGUAUCCAGAAGGAGUAAACCCUGAUGAUAUGGAAUAUGCUGGAAAAUAUCUUGACAAUGAUUUAGCUUACCAAUUGGCUAUGGGGGACAUCAAUGUCAAGACUUUGAAAAAGUAUGAUUCAAAUGAUAUUUAAAACUGGUCCGACUCCCACACAAGUAAAAGUGGAUUAUGGAGUCCACUAAAUUA